ACCUUCUGCUGCUUCUUACUCUAAUCUCCAAUCUGCUCCUGCUCAUUCUGACCCUAUCGCUGCUGGUCCAUGUUCUGAUACUUUUGCUGCUGGUUCAUUUUCAAAUGAACUAUCAAUUAGCGACUUCCAGAUGGAGAUUAACCUACCAAAUUGUCAAAGAAAUGAUAUUCAAUUGCAAUGCAAGAUAGCUGAGAUCCAACAGGAAACUAACACAUUAAUAAGGUUGAACAAUCCCAGAAUGUGUUCCAUCUCUGGAAAGGAGAGUAACUGCAAGGAAGCUGAAAAUUUGGUGCAAGAGAUUGUGAAUGAGUUAGUAGUGGAACGAGGCUCAAUGGAUAUCUGGGUUGAAACUUCAUCUUUAGGUCGCAUUGCUGGCAAAAGGAAAGCAAGACUCAGACAAAUAGAAAGAGAUUACCAUGUGCAAGUCGAUAUUAAAUACAAUAUUCGCGAGGGAGAUGAUACUAAAGUUAUUCUAAUCGGGCCUAAAGAGGAUGUGCUCAAUGCAAGGGACCAUAUUUAUGACAUUGUCGAUAAAGUGGUUUAAAAUUCACAUUCGAUUUUAUACGUAUGACUUAUAAUCGUAAUAAUAUAUUAUAUAAUAAGUUUUUUGUACUAGUUAUUUGAUUUUUGGAAUAAUCAUAAUGCAGUGAUUAGAACUUCAAUGAAAACAGGAAAAUAUUUAAAGGAAUUUUGAGAUCAAUUUUAUCGUUACUGAGCCGUUUUUAUAAAAAUUAUGUCAAUUCAAUUAAUAUUAAUUUGAUUGCACAAUGUACAUCGCACAUGUAGAUUAUUAUGAAAUUGUUUGUACAAGAGAGUUAUGUCAAAGUUGUCGGCUUCGUAUUAAUGCAUAUAACGCUUUAAAUUUUUGUUGUAAAAUGAUGAAUUUAAGACAGUUAUUCUAAUAUAACAGAUAUUAUAAAGUUAUAAGUGGGUUAUAGAUAUUAUUCAGUUAUUCUGUGAUUUGAAAUUAAACCGAUGAUAACAUUACCUUGUUAUUAUCUAAUAAAAUACUCUAUACAGUAAAGAGUUUUUAGAAACUACAACCUGAUUAAAUUAUAACAUUCCUCCCUAGGAUGGCACCUAUAAAGAUCACAAGUGUGGUAUCCUGCAGUACAGAAGACAAAGUGGCUUGUGCUAAGAACCUGUUAUAUUCUGACAGCUUCAAAAAGUGGGCUACAGAAAAACCUGGUCUUGCAAAGGCAUCAGUCAUACUCCAGCUAGAGUCUGAACAACAGAUAACUGGUAUUGAUAUCGGGAACAACGGUUCAGCUUUUGUAGAAGUUCUGGUGGCCAACGGUGCCAAUGAUACCGAGUUUGAGAAUCUGAUAGUCAUGUCCUCCUUCAUGACGCCUUCAGAGUCUCGAGCCCAAACAAACAGGUUUAAAAUCAGGAUGUUUGGAAAAGAAGAGCUCUGUAAACAGACUGCUGAUAAAAAGUGGGAUCGCAUUAAGAUCGUGUGUACUCAACCUUACAAUAAAAACACAGGCUAUGGUUUAUCUGUUGUGACUGUGCAGGGUAUUAACAAACCCUUGUCUAAGGUAGCUGCCGCCCCACUAAAAGUAAUGGAUCCUGUUAGUAGACCAUCUGUUUCUAGCAUCGCUGCAAAAUCACCUGUUGUGAAGAAACAGAGAGUAUUAGAAAGUGGAGGCAACAAACAGGGAAAGGCAGCGUCUAAUUUACUUUCAAAACUACAGCAAAACAAGGCUUCUACCUCAAAAGAAGCUUUGGAUAGGUUGAAGGAGUCGGGAGACCAGGGAUUUAAAAGAGUUUCCGGAUCUGUCGUUGACAUCAGAGAUGACGAUGAUGAUGAUGAUGAUAAGCCCUCUAGUAGCAACAAAACUAGAGUUAAAACUCCUCCUCCGAAAACCAAAGUUUCAACAUCUGCCACUCCAAAACGUGAUAUCUCCCAGCUGUUGAGUGACGUUGUGUUUGUUCUUAGCGGGUUCCAAAACCCUCUAAGAUCUGACAUUAGGGAGUUAGGAAUAUCCAUGGGAGGUCAGUACCGGCCUGACUGGUGUCCCCAAGCAACUCAUCUUAUUUGUGCUAUUCCAAACACUCCUAAAUUCAACCAGGUUAAAGGAAAGGGGAUCAUUGUGAAGAAGGAGUGGCUAUUUGAUUGUAAAAAGGAGAAGAAGAGAGUGUCUGAGGGCAGGUACAGACUAGAUAAAUCUUCUAAAUCCUCGAGUGAGGAUGAAACAUCAGAUGACGAAGACGAUGAUUCAAAAGUGAGCAUACAACCCAAAAAUAGUCCUUUAAAACGGAAACUUUCUAAGAAGAUUCAAUAUGCAGAAAGUAGCGAUAGUGAUGAAGAGACCGCACCAAGUAAAAAGAGGAAGACGAAUGAUGGAUCUGACGAGGAAUUCGCCCCUACUCAUAGUCAGAUAGUCUCCUCUUCUGAUGAGGAAGACGAAGCAGAGGUAGAAGAAGAAGAAGAAGUAGAAGAAAUUGUAGAUAGAUCAGAAAAGCAUUCGAAGAAGCCCGUCAGAAAUCAACCACUAGAGAUAAGCUCAGACGAGGAAGUGAACCCCGACUCUAAACCACUUCUCCCUGAUAUAAGUGACAGUGAGUCUGAGUCUGGUGAUGUCCCAGUCUAUGAAGCUGAUACUGAUGAGGAGACAGAAACUAGUGUUAUUAAACGUCUGGGUCUUCCACCUCUCCCGGACUUUUUUGCUGGACACAGAUUCUUCAUACAUUCAGAUAGUUUCCAGGACGCUGAAGACUUAAGACAGUUACACAGAUAUCUGGUGGCGUAUGGUGGGAAGGUUCAUGAUCAUAUGUCUCCGGAGGUCAUGUUCAUUAUCACUAAAUCAGACUGUUGGUUAUCAGAUUUUAAACAAGCUUUACUUGUAAACUCUAAAAUUAAGUUUUUGCAGAGCUCUUGGGUUGAAGAGUCAAGUGAUCAGUUGUCGGCUGUUCCUAAAACUCCUUAUUAUAUCAAUCAAUGAUGAUAUCUUUUCUAAGAAUUAUGAAUAUUAAUCAUCGAUAUAAUACAGAUUGCAGAGUAUGUGCCAGACUGAUAUCGUUUUAUAUUAUUCCACUCUAUCUUAAGUCAAUUAUUAUAAUAUAUUAUUCAUAGAGUUGUUGAAAUUUUCUUUGGUAUCAGUCAUCUAUUAUCAUAUCUGACAAAGCCAUGGCAACUUUAAGUAGAUAGUCAUAUUUCAAAUGUAAUUGAUUUAAUUUAUGUAAUUUAUGUAUCCAACUUUUAGAACACAGAGAUUCUUGUGUUGUUGUUUUCAAGAAGUAUUUUAA